UUCAAUUUACCUCGGCGUCAACUCAACUUUUGGCCAAUGUUAUGGCCACGGUUGAAAAUUUGAAAAAAGAGAUGAUCACCAAAACUGAUUUGGCACAAACUGCGCAACGCUUGGACAAAACUCAUACUAGUGUCGAAAGCCUGAAGAAUGAAUUGACGAAUGUAAUAACUACCGUUCAAAAUAUGAAAUUAGAUACAAAUGAAAAUACGGAGGGACUGGUGGUGACCAAUACUAAAGUUCAGGAAUUGACCUCGCAACUAACAAAAAGUACGGCCGCAUCGUCCAUUGGCAAAAUCCCGGCCUCAUGCGAAGACCUUCAACAGAUCGGCCACAAGAAAAGCGGAUUGUACUCUGUCAUGGGAAGUAAACAAGUCGAAAACGUCUACUGCGAUUUCACUAAACCAACUGGAGGGAGUCUAUUUCUUUUCUUUCAGGGAUUGGCUGGCUUCCCAAGUUCAACUGGACAAAAUGUUCACUUGAAAAUUGCUUUUUACUUAAACGGCAGCUAUCUGAGUACGGCCGAGCGUGACAAACAUAACAACAUAAAUGAGUUUGGUGACAUCAUCGAUACCAUCGACAAGGAGAUUUCCGGAAAUUGA